AUGCGUUUCUUCAGCGUUUUUGUUGCAGCUACUCUGGCCUCAUUGGCCAUCGCACAUCCAGGGCCUCAUAAAAAGGCCACGAGAGCCGAGAUCUCCCGUCGACAGGAACUCUCUGCUCGUUGCGCCCAGCAUGCCGGCGAAUACAACGCAAAGAGACGGAAGAGGGCACUUGAGAAGCGACAGAGUGAUACGACGAUCGAAGCCACAACAGAAUCACCUUACUAUAAGACAAUUCAGAAUGACACCUGCGUGCUGACUCCCGAAGUGACGGCUGGUCCUUUUUGGUGGGCACAGUCCCAGACACUACGUCAAGAUAUGAGUGAGGAUCAGCCCGGCGUGCCUCUAAUCCUCGAUGUCGGUGUGCUGGACAUGGCGACAUGUGAGCCUCUGGAAGGGGUACUAGUGGAUCUUUGGCACUGCAAUGCAACAGGCAAAUAUUCUAGUUUUACCGCAUUGCCUAUGAACGAGGACAAAAAUGCUGUACUGCAGAGCCUUAACCUUACGUGGUUUGAGCCGGGGCAGUCGGAUAUUCAUACCGGUAAUGAGACUUGGUUGCGGGGCAUGUGGCCGACGGAUAGCUAUUACUACGGAAGAGCAAUCCACAUCCAUGUGCAAGUGCAUACUGACUGGGUGGCAAGAGAAAAUGGCACACUUGCCAGUGGGAAGACCGUGAGCACGGGGCAAUUCUUCUUUGACGAGGGACUUUCACAGGAGAUUACAUCAAUCCCACCGUACUCGGAUGUGACAGGGAUCGAGAGACUCGUUAAUGGUUUGGAUGAUACGUUCCAUAAUGAGAAUACCGAUGGGUAUAAUGCGAUAGUGUCAGUAAUUCCUAUCGAUGGGGAUGACUUCAAGAAUGGGAUGCUUGGCUAUAUUACAGUGGGUGUGGAUACAGAGGCUGUUGAGGACGUGUUCCCGGUGUGA